AGAUCCCACAGAUAGCGCAAAUUAGCUUGACAAAAGGCGGACCAAUGAAGACCACUUAGCACCUUAGAUGAUAGAGUCAUUCGUUCAGCCACCAUGCAGCACAGCAGCACGGGCAGCGAGGAGCGGAUAACCAGCAGCACCAGCAGUCCCAGGUCAGGCCACAAGUCCGCCGGCUCCCUGUUCGGUUUGCUGAGCAAGCGACCGAGCAAAGUGGAACCCCAUCCCGUGACCCCCGAGUCGCCCAGGCUCCAGCAGAGACCCCUGUCCGCCUGCGGCCAGUACGAUGUGAGUUUCGCCAAGUGCAGUGCGGAAACCGCUGGAAAUCAUAUAAACAACAAUGGCCAAACCCUCAAGAGCCAAACGCUGCCGCUGGAAAAGUCGCACAGUGGGCUGAUCAGCUUCCACAGGCGUGCCAAGCCGAGUUCGUCGAAGGGCAAGAGCCACUCGCAUCGCCACAGCACGGAUGCGGGCUCCCAGAGUGAUGGAGGAGCCGAUGUGGUGAUGCGGCGCAAGUCGCCCAAGCACAGGUCACCGAAUCACAACCGAUUUAGCCAUCAGUUUAGUUUGUGCUGCAAGGCGGAGAAGAAACCGAUGACGCCGCCGGUCACCGUGCGUUACAACUCCAUACCGGAUAGCAACAGCGUUCUGCGGCGCGACAACCUCUCGCUCAGCUGGAGCAUGGUGGACAACAACUCCGGGUCGCUGCACUCCAGCGAGGGAUCCUCGCACCGACCGCGUCCGUCCAGCGAGUGUGCCAGCGCCCCAGAGUCCCCGGUGGCCAGUAAAACCUUUGCCUUUGCCCACUGCAGCCCAGCGGCGGCCAGCGCUUCGGUGGCCCGCAGCGAAAGCCUGCAGAACCGGUCGCCCAUCCGACCCAUUGCAGUCUCGGCCUGCCGUUCGCGACUGCGUCUGAAGCUCUAUCCGCCGGGACAGGAGCUGCCACCCCUGCAGGCCGCCGAGGAGCCGGGCGACAUUAAGAGAGCCACCACACCGCAGCACAUGUCUUCGCCCAAUAUUGCCACCCAGCCGGAUGGAAUGGAGCCGAUACAGGAGCAGCCAGGCGUGAGAUUUAUGUCGCACGAGAAUAUGACGCUGCAGCGGCAGGGAUCGGGAUCCAAUUUGGCCCGUCAGACUUUGAUGGCGGCCCACGCAUUGAACCUCAUCCCGGCGGACAAGGCCAGGGAACGGAGCUACCUCGACGGCAGGCUGGGAUCGUCGUCGCUUUUGGGACCCAGUGAGCUGGGACGCGUCUUGCCGCAAAAGGAGGUCACCAUUUUCGUGGGCACUUGGAACAUGAAUGGACACCAUCCACCCAAGCAACUUAAUGACUUUGUGCUGCCGCCCAAUGUGGAGAACGUUCCCGAUAUUGUGGUGAUGGGCACACAAGAGUCCACGCCCGACCGCUUCGAGUGGGAGGUGACCAUUCAGGAGACCCUGGGACCCUCCCACGUGCUCUUCCACGCCACAACACUGGGCACUCUCCAUUUGGCCGUUUACAUGCGAAGGGAUCUCAUUUGGUACUGCUCCGUGCCCGAGGAUGCCUCCAUGUCGGUGCGCACGGGAUCCGCCUUUCGCACCAAGGGAGCUGUGGCCAUUUCCUUUUGCCUGUUCGGCACUUCCAUGCUGUUUGUGACCUCGCAUUUAACGGCGCACCAGCAAAAGGUGAAGGAGCGGGUGUCGGACGUGAAGCGGAUUAUCAACGCUCUGGAUUUACCACGUAACUUGCCUAAUUUGCGGCAUAAGAACAAGGAUGUAACGCAGAACUUCGACAACGUGUUCUGGUGCGGCGAUCUUAACUUUCGGCUGGCCGAACCGCGUGAAAAGCUGCUGGAGUGGAUUCAGAACACCAAGUUCCCGCUGCCGUCGCAUCUGCCGCAUGGCUACAUGCACACGGAUCAGCUGACUUCCGUUCUGGCCGAUGGCGCCGCCUUCCGAGGAUUUAUGGAACAUCACAUCACAUUUCCGCCCACUUACAAGUUCGAUCCGGGCAGCCAGAACUUUGAUACCUCGUCGAAGCAGCGGGCGCCCGCCUAUACGGAUCGCAUCCUCUACAAGUACCGCCAAAUGCAGGGAUUAGUUAUCCGUCGUCAGACGCUCGUGCCCGGCGUUUCGACGCCCACGCAGCCCUACGUCCAGUGCCUGCUGUACGACUCGGUGCCGUCGAUAACCACGUCGGACCACAAGCCCGUGUGGGCGCUCUUUCGCACGCUCAUUCGUGCGGGAACCGAUGCUAUUCCCCUGGCUGCUGGACUCUUUAGUCGCGACAUUUACCUGGAGGGAAUGCGUAGGCGCUUGAAUAACCAGUACACCGGCGCCUCUGCUGUGUGUGUGCUUCAGUAAACCAAAGCUAUGAAUAGUAGACCUCUUCAGCAGGCUUCCCAAGUGGCCACCCAUUUACUCGAAUCUCAAAGUACUAGUCAAAGCUUACCUACGGUUGUGUGACGCCUUUGCAUUAACCCCAAUUAGAUUGUUAACUAGUGCGCUGUCGGAUACCGAAAGUAACGAUUUAACCUGACUUACCCUGCAAUGCUGCGGUAGUUCUUAGGCGCUGCCUUUCGCCUCGAGGCCUUAGUCGUAAUACGUUCCUUAAAAGUUAAUUAAAAACAUACAUACUCGAGCAACAAUUCUGUACCUCUACUAUGAAGCACAAGCUUAGUCUGUAGUUAAACUAAAUCUGUUAGUUAAAGUUUAGUCAAAUAUUGAAAUGAAAUCGAAAUAUGAAUUACUUUGAAUGUGUAAUCUAAACUAGCAGUAAAUAUACUUUAUGAAUCUAAA